UGUUUUGAUGAGAAUAGAUGUGUCUCUGAGGUCGUCGACGUUUUGCAAUAACUUGACCCGUUUCGGUCAUUUCUUCGGCUAAGUAGCGCGUUAGUUGCUACUUCUUUGAUCGAGUCGCUUGUAAAAAGGCGACUUGAUUUAGCUAAUACGAGCCUCUUUGUGAAAUUAGGUCGAAAGGGAUGCCGCUGCAGACAGACUCCGACGGACGCCAACAGUCUUUGGAUUUAAUCUCAUCGCAUUUAAUCGGGAAGAGCAGCUUUUCUAUAAAUUUAAAAGGCCUCAGAAUAACGCAUUCUCGACCGAGUGCUUUUGAAAGAUGCUUAAGCUCGAGUGCGAAUUAAUAGCGCGGCUGUGAAACGAAAACAAGAGCGUUAAUAAUCGACAAGCUAGCUGCUAGCUAACGUUAGCUGGUCAUCAACAAAGCGGCGAUCGUUAAUCUUUUGCGUCACAGAGAAACCAGUUAGGUUAAGAAGACCAGUGCUCCCAGUUUGGAUUUUGUCCGUGUAGUUUUCUGCCUGUGUUGAAAAUAUUGAUCGACAGCAAUGAAACUGUUGGAAAGCUCCAGCUUUGAAGCCCUCAGCUCCCGACUCUGUGUUGAAACAGGAGAGUCUCGUAUUCUUGGCAGGAUGGAGAGCUACUCCUGUAAGAUGGCAGGGGACGAUAAACACAUGUUCAAGCAGUUCUGCCAGGAGGGGGAACCACACGUCCUGGAGGCCCUCUCUCCCCCUCAGUCCACCAGCGCCACCAGCCCCUCACAGCUGGGGAAGAGCAGUGAGGACGGGGAGAAUCCCCUGAGUGACAAGUGUUGCAGGAAGACUCUUUUCUACCUCAUCACCACACUCAACGAGUCCUUCCGGCCGGACUAUGACUUCAGCGCCGCGAAGGCCCACGAGUUCAGCCGAGAGCCCAGCCUUAACUGGGUGGCUAAUGCGGUAAACAGCAGCUUGUUCUCGGCGGUGGGAGAGGAGUUCAACUCUCUGGGGCCGGAGCUGUGGAGCGCCAUCGAUUACAGCCAUUUUUUAAAGCUGUGUCUUUUGUUUGCUCGUAGCUACAACCCUGAUCUGGACUCAGACCCUUUUGGUGAGGAGGGGAGCCUCUGGUCCUUCAACUACUUCUUCUACAACAAGAAACUCAAGAGGAUUGUAUUCUUCACAUGUCGCUCCGUCAGCGUCUUGAGUGGCUAUGGCCGUGAUUGUCUCGACAAUGAGUUGGACAUGGAGCUGGAUGACGAGGAGGAAAUGGACGGCUUCACUGAGGACAGGUUCCCCAGAGCUCUCUGCGUGUGAAUUUCCCCAACAGACACGCCUCGGCCAAGGAAUAUCUAGGCUUUUACUCCUCUCUUUCCAUUUUUCGCCCCAUGUACCUUCUUUUUGUUUUUUGGAUUUCGCUGCCUCAGAGUAAUGCAUGUCUGAAGCCUUUUUCUUCUGCUGGCAGUGACCUGCGUACCCUGAGCGGGUGGACAUUUUUUUAAGACCCUGCUGUGACUUUAAAGCUCUUUUUGUUUUCUCCAGCAUGGGUUUUGACCCUAGGCUCCAAUCCCAAACAGCACAAAUUGACAUUAUUGGCUUCUCCACACCCGCCACAUUUCCAAAGAGACCCCCUCAGUGACGCUUGAGAAGAAUAUGGUUCUGUUUUGGAUUAGUGGCCAACAAAGACUGAGACAGAGUUGAGAUUCAAAUGAUGUCAAAAAGGAGUCCGGAAAACACCAGCAUCAAUGAAAACUUUGAACAUGGAGACAUGAUGAUGUUCCUAACUGGGAAGGGGCUGGGUCCACGAGAGCCCAGUUAAGACUGACUUACCGACCAGCUGAGGACUCAUCAGCUGUUUCAUCCUUCGGUGUUUUUUGUGUGUUGCUUUUUACGUGUGACAGUGACGUUACUGUGAGGAUUUUUUCAGCACUGAGUUUGAAAUUUAAAAACGCGCAUUUAUAACUUGUAUUAUUGAAUCUUAUUACUGCGAACGUCGUCUAAACGUUAGACAGUUAGGGCACGGCCAAGGACACUUUUGGCAGCUGGGUUGCAGCUUAGAAAACAUAUCAGCUUUAAAUACGUCGCAUUGUUUUGUUUCAGUCCACUUUCAUCCAGUUCCUUUUUUUUUGUUGUCUAAAUCCAGUAUUUUUUCACUCUUCCCCUAACCCGUUAAUCUUGUUAACUCGUUUGUAAACGUCAUCUUGCCCGUGUUUUUCUUUGCUCAUUACCUCAGUGCAAAGGCUUCAUUUAAAAGUGAAUGUAUAGAACCAUUUAGAGAAAAAAAAGCAUUACAGUAAAAAGGCUAAUAUGUUGUACAUUAUUUUUUAGAAAUUGAGAAGCUCCUUUUACGUUCCUUAAAAGUGGUUAGGAAUUGUGUCUUUUCUUGACUGCUCUGUGCUUGAUUUGGCCGAUAUAUCGCAGAUGUGAAUAAACCAGUGUUAAAAUUAUA